CGCCCCGGGCCGGCGCCGUCCUGCACUCUUCUGGGUCACAGCCACCGCGGCACGCCUGCAGCCGACCCUCUCCCGAGCCUGUGCCGGAGUGGCCCCGCUGAAUCCCGACGCGGGGCCCCGCGGUACAGGGGGAUCAGGGCAGCCUAUGGGGGCUCCCAGAUAACGCGGGUUGGGGGCGCCCAGGGCCCCCAUCCCCGCCAGCAUGGCUCGGCCGCCACCCCUCGGGGAGCUGCCCCCGGACUACGUACCCCCAGCUAGAUCCGCGGCACCCCAGAUCCUAGCAGGGAGCCUGAAGGCUCCGCUCUGGCUUCGUGCUUACUUCCAGGGCCUGCUCUUCUCUCUGGGCUGCAGGAUCCAGAGACACUGUGGCAAAGUGCUCUUCCUGGGACUGUUGGCCUUUGGGGCCCUGGCACUAGGUCUCCGCGUGGCCACCAUUGAGACAGACCUAGAACAGCUCUGGGUGGAAGUGGGCAGCCGGGUGAGCCAGGAGCUGCAGUACACCAAGGAGAAGCUGGGGGAGGAGGCUGCUUACACCUCCCAGAUGCUGAUACAGACCCCACGCCAGGAGGGAGAGAAUGUCCUCACACCUGAGGCACUUCGCCUCCACCUUCAGGCAGCCCUCACUGCCAGUAAAGUACAAGUGUCACUCUAUGGAAAGUCCUGGGAUUUGAACAAAAUCUGCUACAAGUCAGGAGUUCCCCUAAUUGAAAAUGGAAUGAUUGAGCGGAUGAUUGAGAAGCUGUUCCCGUGCGUGAUCCUCACCCCCCUCGACUGCUUCUGGGAGGGAGCGAAACUCCAAGGGGGCUCUGCCUACUUGCCCGGCCGUCCUGACAUCCAGUGGACCAACCUGGAUCCCCAACAGCUGCUGGAGGAACUAGGUCCCUUUGCCUCCCUUGAGGGCUUCCGGGAGCUGCUUGACAAGGCACAGGUGGGCCAGGCCUACGUGGGGCGGCCCUGUCUGAACCCCGAUGACCUUCAUUGCCCGCCUAGUGCUCCUAACCAUCACAGCAGGCAGGCUCCCAAUGUGGCUCAGGAAUUGAGUGGGGGCUGCCACGGUUUCUCCCACAAGUUCAUGCACUGGCAGGAGGAAUUGCUGCUGGGAGGCAUGGCCAGAGACCCCCAAGGACAGCUGCUGAGGGCAGAGGCCCUGCAGAGCACCUUCCUGCUGAUGAGUCCCCGCCAGCUGUAUGAGCACUUCCGGGGUGACUACCAGACACAUGACAUCGGCUGGAGUGAGGAGCAGGCUGGCACAGUGCUGCAGGCCUGGCAGCGGCGCUUUGUGCAGCUGGCCCAGGAGGCCCUGCCUGAGAAUGCGUCCCAGCAGAUCCAUGCUUUCUCCUCCACCACCCUGGAUGACAUCCUGCAUGCUUUCUCUGAAGUCAGUGCUGCCCGUGUGGUGGGAGGCUAUCUGCUUAUGCUGGCCUAUGCCUGUGUGACGAUGCUGCGGUGGGACUGUGCCCAGUCCCAGGGUGCUGUGGGCCUUGCCGGGGUGCUGCUGGUGGCCCUGGCAGUGGCCUCAGGCCUUGGGCUUUGCGCCCUGCUUGGCAUCGCCUUCAAUGCUGCCACCACCCAGGUGCUGCCCUUUUUGGCACUGGGCAUCGGCGUGGACGACAUAUUCCUGCUGGCACAUGCCUUUACAGAGGCUCCACCUGGCACCCCUCUCCAGGAGCGAAUGGGUGAGUGUCUGCUGCGCACGGGCCCCAGUGUCGCACUCACAUCCAUCAACAACAUGGUCGCCUUCUUCAUGGCCGCCCUAAUUCCCAUCCCUGCACUGCGGGCCUUCUCCUUGCAGGCGGCCAUCGUGGUUGGCUGCAACUUUGCAGCCGUGAUGCUUGUCUUCCCAGCGGUCCUCAGCUUGGACCUGCACCGGCGCCACUGCCAGCGCCUUGAUGUGCUCUGCUGCUUCUCUAGCCCCUGUUCUGCUCGGGUGAUUCAGAUUCUGCCUCAGGAUCUGGCAGACAGGACAGUACCAGUGGGCAUUGCCCACCUGACUGCCACCAUUCAUGCUUUUGCCCACUGUGAAGCCAGCAGCCAGCAUGUGGUCACCAGCCUCCCUCCCCAAGCCCACCUGGUGCCCCCACCUUCUGACCCACUGAGCUCUGAGCUCUUCAGCCCAGGAGGGUCCACAAGGGACCUUCUGGGCCAGGAGGAGGGGACAAGGCAGAAGGCAGCCUGUAGGUCUCUGCCCUGUGCCCACUGGAAUCUUGCCUAUUUUGCCCGCCACCAGUUUGCGCCCUUGCUGCUCCAGUCCCACGCCAAGGCUGUGGUGCUGGUACUGUUUGGGGCUCUUCUGGGCCUGAGCCUCUACGGAGCGACCUUGGUACAGGACGGGCUGGCCCUGACAGAUGUGGUGCCUCGGGGCACCAAGGAGCAUGAUUUCCUGAGCACCCAGCUCAGGUACUUCUCCCUGUACGAGGUAGCCCUGGUGACACAGGGUGGCUUUGACUACGCCCACUCCCAACGCGCCCUCUUUGAUCUGCACCAGCGCUUCAGUUCCCUCAAGGCCGUGCUGCCCCCACCUGCCACUCAGGCACCCCGCACCUGGCUGCACUAUUACCGCAACUGGCUACAGGGAAUCCAGGCUGCAUUUGACCAGGACUGGGCUUCUGGGCACAUUACCCACCACUCAUACCGCAAUGGCUCUGAGGAUGGGGCCCUGGCCUACAAGCUGCUCAUCCAGACGGGUGAUGCCCAGGAGCCUCUGGAUUUCAGCCAGCUGACCACGAAGAAGCUGGUGGACAAGGAGGGGCUGAUUCCACCCGAGCUCUUCUAUGUGGGGCUGACCAUGUGGGUGAGCAGUGACCCCCUGGGCCUGGCAGCCUCGCAGGCCAACUUCUACCCCCCGCCUCCUGAGUGGCUGCACGACAAGUACGACACCACUGGGGAGAACCUUCGCAUCCCGGCGGCCCAGCCCCUGGAGUUUGCCCAGUUUCCCUUCCUCCUGCGUGGCCUCCAGAAGACUUCGGACUUUGUGGAGGCCAUCGAGGGGGCCCGGGCAGCGUGCGCCGAGGCAGGCCAGGCUGGGGUGCGUGCCUACCCCAGCGGCUCCCCCUUCCUCUUCUGGGAGCAGUAUCUGGGCCUGCGGCGCUGCUUCCUGCUGGCUGUCUGCAUCCUGCUGGCGUGCACCUUUCUCGUCUGUACGCUGCUGCUGUUCAACCCCUGGACAGCUGGCCUCAUAGUGCUGGUUCUGGCAUUGAUGACCGUGGAGCUCUUUGGCAUCAUGGGUUUCCUGGGCAUCAAGCUGAGUGCCAUCCCCGUGGUGAUCCUGGUGGCCUCUGUGGGCAUUGGUGUCGAGUUCACAGUCCAUGUGACUCUGGGCUUCCUGACCACCCAGGGUAGCCGGAACCUGCGGGCUGCCCGGGCCCUAGAGCACACAUUCGCCCCGGUGACCGAUGGGGCCGUCUCCACAUUGCUGGGUCUCCUCAUGCUUGCUGGUUCCAACUUUGACUUUAUCGUAAGGUACUUCUUCAUGGUGCUGACAGUGCUCACACUCCUGGGCCUCCUCCAUGGGCUUGUGCUGCUGCCUGUGCUGCUGUCCAUCCUGGGCCCCCCACCAGAGGUGGUACAGAUGUACAAGGAGAGCCCGGAGAUCCUAAACCCCCCGCCUCCACGAGCAGGAGGGCUCAGGUGGGGGUUGUCCCCCACCCUGCCCCAGAGCUUUGCCAGAGUGACUACCUCUAUGACCAUGGCCCUCCACCCACCCCCGCUUCCUGGUGCCUACAUCCACGCAGCCUCUGAUGAGCCUACUUGGUCCCCUGCUGCCACACUGGCUGCCAACGGCUCCAGCAACCUCACUUCUAGGGGACCAUGUCCAGCCACUGAGUGAAAGAGCAGCUGAAGCAUGGAGACCCUGCUUGGACCCCAUGAAGUCACUGGAAAGCAAUGGGUGGGUUUCUGAAUGCAGGCGGACUCCUGGGAGCUCUGCUGCUGCUGCCUGCCUGCACGCCCUCCCUGACUCGCCAUCGCAGACCUCCCUGAU